GCAAGGGUUUAAUUAAUGCUGGCUGUUGAUGCCUGUUUGUUGGUGGUAAUUAUUUCCAAGGAUGCUCCCUUGAGCUGAAAGGAAGUGAUCUCUGGCAUUACAUCAUUUUCUUUAAUGACAGGUCUGAUGAUUUAAUUUGCAGUGCCUCUGUUAAGCUCAUUGUCUCCUGUAUAAAGAGGCUUUGAUCACUGAAGCCUUGGGCAUUUGAAACGUCCUGGACUGUAUGUGUCAAUUGCACCAGCUGUUUAGGGCUGAAAAAGAACUUCUGUGAAGUAGAUGAGCAGCAGUGCUCGACGUGCUACUGGUAGAGUCAUGAGCCUGAGACAAGCCAAUGGCUGCAAACAGCUGACCUUGACCAUUGGCCUGACCCUGACUCUAGGCCUGCUGCAGUGGCCAAUAGCAGCUGUUAGUGGUCAGGAUGGAUUGUCCCCUACACAAGUCCUUCAGGAGCUGCUGACACGCUAUGGUGACAACACCAGCAUCUCUGUCCCUCAGCUGCGAGCACUCCUCAUGCGCUUAAAUGGAGACCCGAGUGGAGACCCGAGUGGAGACCAUGAUGCACAGACACAGCCCACCAAAACCAACGUGUCUAAGUGCUUGGCUGCAGACACUUUGGCAGUGUAUGGGAUGAGCGAACAGUCUCGUAUAGAUGAACGUGGCCUGCAUGAUAUCUGCCCUACCAUUAUACAGCAGCUGGACUCACAAGCGUGCAAGACCCAACAGGACCAAGAGUCUGAGAGCAGCCCCAGACCCACUGAUGCUGAGGUGUGGGGUUACUCAUUUUUGAGUGUGACUCUGAUUAGUGCGUUCGCUUUGACUGGUGUGUUUGUGGCGCCCCUGAUGAAGACGCGGUUCAUGCGCAGAAUACUCAUCUAUUUCAUCGCUCUGUCCAUCGGAACGUUGUUGUCCACCGCCAUCCUGCAGCUCCUGCCUGAGGCCUUUGGAUUUGACCCCAUGGAAGAUUAUUAUGUGUCCAAGUCUGCUGUCGUGUUUGGAGGAUUCUACCUGUUCUUCUUUACAGAGAAAAUCCUGAAGAUGAUCUUGAAGCCAAAGGACAGGGGGGGGCAUGGCCACGGCCACAGUCACUUUCCUGCAGAGCACUAUGCCAACUCUAAUGGUGACUUGGAGGAUGGUGUGAUGGAGAAACUGCAGAAUGGAGAGGCUGGGGAAGCAUCUUUACCCAGAGUGGAAGGUGAUGUCAGAGGGCUUGGAGAAGAUGACAAAAUGAUCAGCACUGGGCAGACAGUACAGGACUCUCAGAGUUCAGGUGGUGCUGGAACGGGUGGAUGUUAUUGGCUUAAGGGCAGGGCAUACUCUGACAUCGGUACUCUGGCAUGGAUGAUCACUUUGAGCGACGGUCUGCACAAUUUCAUUGAUGGUUUGGCUAUCGGAGCCUCCUUCACUGCUUCUGUGUUUCAGGGCAUCAGUACAUCAGUGGCAAUUCUGUGUGAAGAGUUUCCACAUGAGUUGGGUGAUUUUGUAAUCCUGCUAAACGCUGGCAUGAGCAUCCAGCAGGCACUCUUCUUUAACUUCCUGUCAGCGUGCUGCUGUUAUCUGGGCAUGGGCUUCGGAAUCCUGGCAGGGAACAAUUUCUCUCCUAACUGGAUCUUUGCUCUAGCCGGAGGCAUGUUCCUCUACAUUGCACUGGCUGAUAUGUUUCCGGAGAUGAAUGAGGUGGUUAGUUUAGAAGUGGAGGAUGGAGGGAUUGUAUCUGUGUUUGCUUUCGUGAUUGUGAUUGCAGUGUACUCUGGCCAGAUACAGCUUGCAUAGCAGAGGACCUAAAUACAAACUCAGACACUAAAGGACUAUCUCAGCACCGGCACUAAAACCUGAGACCUACUGGGACCUCCAGACUUUAAUAUGAGCUAGCUGUGCUGGCUUGUUUUAAAACGUUUGCCCUGCUGGACUAGGUCAUGACAAAUUGAAAUGUUUUGGGCAUAGUUUGGGCUAAGAGUAAACCCUGGACUGUGUAAAUGAUGCUAGACUUGACUGACCCACGAACUUUGCUUUAGAUUCAUCCAAAACUUGGGACCUGUUGAUGGAUGUGGUACCAUUCAUCUAGUUUAGACCUUCUCUUGGUCUUUUGCGUCAAAGCUUUAGGACACAGUGAUGUCCCUGUACCGUGUGGAUUCUCGUUCCCCAACAUGUACAUCCGGGCAUUGUUGUAUUGAUUUCUAAGGUUCUCAUUAUUUAAUUUUUAUUGUGUUUUUCAACCAAAUGUCUCUUUCCCUCAGAGAAAGGCCUUUCUCAUAAUCCUGACCAUGAAAUUUAGAGUAUUGUCCAGUAACUGAUGUGUAAUGGGAUGAAACUUUCGUUAUUUAAUGUCAUUCCGUAAUGGCAAGCAAAAACAGUAAAUGCUUGAAAUACAAAGGCACUAAUUAUUUUGUUAUUGAAGGUUUUUAUUUUACCUCUUUAACAAAAAAGCAGAGACCAAGGUUCUUCUAGAAAAAUGUCCUCUAACUUUUAUCUUUUCAUUUACAUGACCAAAAUAAGUGGCGCAUAGUUUCACAAACACCCUCCUAUUAUUUGUACUUUGUAUAACUUUGUGUCAUAUUGAUUGACAGAGAAAAAUGAACACACCGACCUCAAUUAAUUUAAUUAUUAUGAUAAUUACUCUUACAAAACUCUAUAAAACACCUAUUUUCUACAUGCUUUCAUUUGAUCUGAACACAGUACUCUUCAUAAUUUAAGAAAUAAUUAGGAAAUGCAGGCAAAAUGUGUGCAUAAAGGUGAUGUAGUAGUGUUUCUAUAAUAAUAUGAUGAUUCCUCUACAUAUAGCACUGCAGCACAAUACUUAGAGCUCUAGACUGACAGAAAUCAUUUUGAAUAUCAUUGGAUUUAAAGCUAAAGUGUGUAAUUUCUAAGGCACUAGUUUAGUCAAAUGUUAUAGCAAAAUUCAGUUUUGAAAUAGAUUGUCUGACUGCUACCAUUGGUUGCCAUCCCAAACUCACGCUAUUUGUUGAGCAAGUCUUGCUGUGUCAGGAUGCUGAAAUAUUGUUUUCAAAUUCACAGUGUUUAAGCUUUUAGGGAAAAAAUCAAUAAACAAAUGACUUGCUUAUAAAA